ACUUUUGAUCAGCUCGAGGAGUACGUUCAGCUGGAGCAAUGUGUGCCUGUCACCGUUAUUUGCCUCGUUCUUUGACUGGAUUGUCAGUCUCCUCGUGAGUAGAAGAGAAUCGUAGAUAAAGGACCGAGCGUCGUCUGUUUAGCACGGCUAUUAUGAUCAGUUUAUAAUAUUCCAUCUCAUAGUAAUCGUUAGGAAUUCGAUCGGACGCUUGGUGGAGAAACGGAAGCAGCGCGUGCUCUGACAUAGGCGAAAUACGCAGCCUAGUUGUAGCUGAUAGCGCGGUACUGAUACAGCAAAAAUACAAUUACAAGAACGAUCCAGGAACGUUUGCCAAGCUGCAUGCGGUAGUCAAGGACGUUUGUGGUGACCCGUGUACAGUGACCGUCCCUCCCCGUGUCUCAGUGCCCCCUGCAUGUCCCGUGGGCAGCCCCGGCCUCUCAGAGACACCCUGCUGCUUCAAUAGGCCUCCCAUGGCUCUGGGCCCUCAACACCCCUCCAAGGGCCCCCGCCUGAUGGGGCUGCUGCUGCUGGGGUCCCUCCUGCUGCUCCUGCUCUCUGGGCUGGGGUCGGCGCUGGGCCAGAAGGUCUACACCAACACCUGGGCCGUCCACAUCGCUGGGGGCCCAGAGGAGGCAGACCGCAUCGCCACCAAGCAUGGCUUCAUCAACCACGGACAUGUGUUUGGUGAGUACUACCACUUCCGCCACAGAACGGUGUCCAAGAGGUCUCUGUCUGACCACCGGGACACACACGUACGCCUUCAACAGGAGCCCCAGGUGGCGUGGGCGGAGCAGCAGGUGGUGAAGAGCAGGAAGAAGAGGGACAUCUACACAGAGCCCUCAGACCCCAAGUACCACGAGCAGUGGUAUCUGUAUAACAGCAACCACCGCGACCUCAACGCCAAGGGGGCGUGGGAGCAGGGCAUCACAGGGAAGGGGGUGGUGGUCUCCAUCCUGGAUGACGGGAUUGAGAAGAACCACCCCGACCUCAAACAGAACUACGAUCCAGAUGCCAGCUACGAUGUGAACGACGGUGACCCCGACCCUCAGCCUCGAUACACGCAGCUCAAUGACAACAGGCAUGGCACUCGUUGUGCUGGGGAAGUGGCGGCCGCGGCCGACAACGGCAUCUGUGGAGUGGGCGUGGCCUACAACGCCAAGAUCGGAGGAGUGCGCAUGUUGGACGGCGAGGUGACAGACGUGGUGGAGGCCCAGUCGCUCAGCCUCAACCCGCAGCACAUCCACGUCUACAGCGCCAGCUGGGGCCCCGAGGAUGAUGGGAAAACCGUGGAUGGCCCCGCCAAGCUUGCCAAGGAGGCGUUUUUCCGCGGCGUCACAGAGGGUCGUGGUGGGCUGGGCUCCAUCUUUGUGUGGGCGUCCGGUAACGGCGGCCGGGAGAGGGACAGCUGUAACUGCGACGGCUACACCAACAGCAUCUACACCCUGUCCAUCAGCAGCACCACCCAGAACGGCAACGUGCCCUGGUACAGCGAGGCUUGCUCCUCCACCCUGGCCACCACCUACAGCUCUGGAAGCCUCAACGAGAAACAGAUUGUGACCACCGACCUCAAACAGAAAUGCACCGAAUCUCACACGGGCACGUCUGCGUCCGCCCCAUUGGCUGCCGGGAUCAUCGCCCUGGCGCUUGAAGCCAAUCCCCAACUGUCCUGGAGAGACAUGCAGCACCUUGUGGUGAGGACUUCUAAACCCGCCCACCUCCUCACCAACGACUGGAGGACCAAUGGGGUCGGCCGCCAAGUGAGUCAUUCUUAUGGGUAUGGUCUGCUUGACGCCGGUGCCAUGGUAAGCAUGGCUAAGACCUGGACCAGCAUGGGACCCCAGAGGAAGUGUGUCCUGACCAUGGUGGCAGAGCCAAGGAACAUUGGCAGCAACCUGGUGAUAACAAAGACUGUGGACGCCUGUCUGGGAACAGCCAGUCAUGUGACCGCCCUGGAGCAUGUCCAGGCUCAGUUGACACUGUCAUACAACCGCAGAGGCAACCUGGCCAUCCACCUCACCAGUCCUCUGGGGACACGCUCCACUCUGCUGGCGCCCAGACCUCGCGACUACUCGUCAGAAGGCUUCAACGACUGGGCCUUCAUGAGCACCCACUCCUGGGAUGAGGCCCCUGGGGGCCAGUGGACCCUGGAGAUAGAGAAUGUGGCGGGGGCCAGUGACUAUGGCACCUUGACCCAGUUCACCCUGGUUCUGUACGGCACCGGCUCCGAUUCCCCCAGCUCGUCAGAGAAGGAGUGGUCCCGGGCAGUGAACAACAGCUGUAAGACGUUCGACCUGCAGCAGAUCUGUGUCGAAUGCAGUGCUGGCUACUACCUCUUCCGGCAGGGCUGUGUGAAGGAGUGUCCAGCCGGCUUCACGGGGGGGUCCCAGCCCGUCAACUUCACCCUGGGGAACUAUGCCGAGCCGGCGUCCGUUCCCGCCUGCCUGCCCUGCCAGGCCCCCUGCGUCACCUGCCGCGCCCCCAACCCCAUGGCCUGCCUCUCCUGUCCCCCGCACAGCCACCUGGACCCCGUCACCGCCACCUGCAUCCACCUCAACCAGAUUGAGCGGGAUUCCCCGGGGAGCUUCCUGGUCGGGGCAGGCAGCGUCGGUGGCCCCACCCCGGCCCAGCCCGCCUCCAGCCUGCCCGUCACCAUCGCCGUGCUGAGCUGCAUGGCCAUCAUGACCACCUUCGUGUGCGUCUUUGUGCUGCUGCAGAUGCGCUCGGGGGCCACGGUCAAGCUGCCGUCCCUGGAGGCCGGGGCGGCGGGCCUGAGGGAGGGCCUGGGUCUGGGAGGGGCCGGCAGGGUGGUGGCGUAUCGCGGGAUCCCCUCAAUGUGGGGGGAGGACGGGAUGAACACGGACUCUGAGAACGAAGAGUUUGACGGCCACAAUGAGAGGACUGCCUUCAUCAAAACGCAAAGUGCUCUUUAACGUCCCCCCCUCCCUGUCUUCCAUCCCCACCCCCCUCGCCCCCAUUUCCCCCCACUCCUCCUCCCUGUCCCCCCCCUGUCCCCCCUUCUCUCUAUCGCCCACACCUGUCCACACAUGACAGGUUUAAUCACGGUCUUCUGUGGUCCCAUCCCUCCCCUCUGGUUCCCUCGCUCCUCGGCUCCCUGGUACCAGUCUUCCUUGGCCUGCAGGUGACCUGCUGGCAGCCUGCUGUGUGUCGCCAGGGUCUGGGACAGCCUGAGCGCACUCCCUUCACACUCGACUGCUUUUCUAUUAAACUGGCAGUGUGCCCUCUCUCGCCCCCUAUCAUUUAGAGACACAGAGUGUGUCUGACAGAGAGUGUGUCUGAGCCUCCAUAGGCUCUCAGGGCAUCCCUGUGUCACAAUAAACAAACCAUCAUUGUUUACUCCCUCUGUCUCUCUCUCCCUCUCUCUCUUCCUAUCUUUUUUUCUAUGUCAGUCCCAGUGCAGUAGCCGAAUGAGAUUGUCAAAUGAGACAUGACUCUUACGUUUGUAUGCUUGGGGGUGUGUGUAUAUAUACAUGGUAAAUAGGUGUGUUGUAAACACACAGUUGAGUUCUAAAUCAUGCCUGUAUCAUCUUUGCUCACAAACUCAGUUGGUGCAUUCUACUCUCCUAGGCACCGCCCCUCCUCCUCCAUCCCCCCAACUUUUCCUCAUCCCAUCAGGGGCUAGCGAAAUCUGGGUUUAAGUGAUUCAUUCAGUUAUAUAAGGUUUUGUCAGUUGUUAGGGCUUGCCACCAUAUCCCCCAUAUAGUUUAGAGCACAACACUGUCACCAGAGCUGUGCCUAGCAUCAACCCCAGAUUCCUUUUGGAUCUGCAAUAAACCCCAUUUCCAAUCACAAUUCUCAUUGACUUCCUCUGCAGGCUUCUAAUUGGCUGUCACAUGAAGCUGAAAAGAGGGGCUUUAAAGAGUGUGUGCGUGUGUGGAGGGCGUGCAGGGCUCAGUGUAACACAAGUGACUUAUUAUUGAGACAAGGGGUUUUCAGUGUGAAAGUCUGUGGAGUGAGAGAGGGGGCUGUGAUGGAGAGGGCUUUCACACGCCGCAGAGCUGACAGAAUCACAAAGCCCAGCUGGGAACACCAGAUCCCCCCCUCUAACCCUGGGCUCUGUCAGAGGCCUCCUUCAACAUGGUUGGAUGAAGAGUGUGUUCAGUCAGUAGAACAGUGGCAGUAAUGAUCCCUGAUCCAGUAGUGUAGAUGGAUGUGGGGUGUUUGGGACUGAAGGCCUGUCUGGGAGAUGGAGUUUGUGAGUACCCUAAUCCCCAUCCACUCUAGAAGCUCUGAGGAUCAUGCAGCACAUCCACUCUAGAAGCUCUGAGGAUCAUGCAGCACAUCCACUCUAGAAGCUCUGAGGAUCAUGCAGCACAUCCACUCUAGAAGCUCUGAGGAUCAUGCAGCACAUCCACUCUAGAAGCUCUGAGGAUCAUGCAGCACAUCCACUCUACAAGCUCUGAGGAUCAUGCAGCACAUCCACUCUAGAAGCUCUGAGGAUCAUGCAGCACAUCCACUCUAGAAGCUCUGAGGAUCAUGCAGCACAUCCACUCUAGAAGCUCUGAGGAUCAUACAGCACAUCCACUCUAGAAGCUCUGUAGUGUAACAUUCCUCUUCAAAUGCUUUUCACCAGUCUUGCAUUUAGAGAGGGGAUCAUAUCUCCCUCCCAACCUGCUUCUGAUCAGACAAAGAUAUUAGUAGUCUAAUACACCCCAUAUCAAAUACUGUAUACCACUAUCGCCCAAACCAGAGUUUUCUUCUAUUCAUAUCUUUUUAGGUGAAACACUUUUUAAAGGAAUUUUUUAGGAGUUGAUUUUUUUAGGACUCCAACCAUGUGUCUUGUUUCUACAAUCUGCCCCUCUUAAACAAUGUAUAUCCCUUCAGACUCCUAUCUCUAAGUCUCGUCCUGUUUGGUAGAGAUGAUGGCGGACAAUGAUAUUUUGCAUUUUCUGUGCAUAAGUGGGGUUCCCGCUGAUUGGAGUUGUCAUGGCGAUGACGUGCAUGAGCUUGAGGCAGCUGUCCGUUCUGUCCUCAACCACAGCGAGGUUCCAGAGCAGCAGAACAUCCUCGGCGUGCUCGUCAGCCAGGUCACCAUGAGUGGAUACGUAGAUCCCAAUAAAGAAACUUCUUGUAAGAAUUUCCACCUACAAGUUCCACUUUGUUUUAAGGCUUUCAGUUACGUUAUCUCUGUGCGUGCGUGCGUGCGUGCGUGCGUGUGUGUGUGUGUGUGUGUGUGUGUGUGCGCGCGUGCUACUGCAUGUCCAUAGGAAUGGAAGAGUCUCUUGGGAACUUGCACCCUCUAGAGCAUAAACUAAAUACUACACCAUCGGAUUGCUGCCCACGUCCUCACCAAACCUGUCUCAACACUAACUGAAACCUGAAUCUAUAGAGUGGGUAGAAAACAAUGUACAUUAAGGUCUAUCAAUGCUGGAACAUGCUGUACAUGUGUAACUUGGUGUGUAUGUUAGGGUUGAGGGGGUGAUGGAGAAUAGGGGAAGGAAAUUAGUUCCUGUGUUUCAUUUAACAGGUCUUUAUAAACUGUCUGGAUUGAUGAGCCACAGUGUUAAAAUGAAAUUAUUCAUGCUUUGAUUUUUUAUUUUUCUCCAUUGAUUUCUUCCAAUCAGUGAAGUAAUUUUGUUCUGUUUACGUUGUCGUUUUUUCCUGCCUUGGAGAACAGUGACCAUCAUCUUCGUACUGUUCUCAGUGGGGAGAGUGGAGGCACUAAAAUGAGCAGUAAUAAUCUGUACACUUCAACAUACAGACACACACAUACAGAAACACACACCCUCACACACAGAAACACAUGGAAGCUACAAACAUAGAAACCCACAGCAGUUAUCAAUUGUGGAGGGAGGUUGAGAAUGUAUCCUACCCACACACUUAAGGGCUGAAUCGGAUUGUGUGCGUAUGAAUGUGUGAUAGAGGAAACACACUUCAGGGGGUCUGGCAGGGCAGCUCCAUGAAGCUCUGCUCACCUCCCUCUAUGAGGUCACCAGCAGUGACGGAGAACUGUACCUUACACCCAUGAGGACUAAUGUAACAGAACGACUAUCUUAGACUGGACAUUUAACCCUAAAAUAAGGCCUAUUUUUGUACUAUAUAUAUAUAUAUAUAUGGUGCAGUGUAAUUUUCAUGUAGACUGGACAUUUAACCCUAAAAUAAGGCCUAUUUUUGUACUAUAUAUAUAUAUAUAUGGUGCAGUGUAAUUUUCAUGUAAUUUAAAGUUUUCUUUUGUUUUUGCUCUUUUUUUCUUUUUAUUUAAUUGAUGUCAAUAUGCGGAUUAUAGAUUCUACGAAAAUAAAGAUCUAUGCAAACUUCA